AUGAAUGAAGUGUUUGUGUUGAGGGCUCAGCCUUGGCUGAAAGAGAAGUGCUAUGUGACUGCAAUGCAGACAUCUUCAUUGCGUGGUUUAAUUUACUCUGAUUAUUACAGUCCUGCAAUGCUGGGCCUGAAAACGGAUCAGGAAGUCCUUGGAGAACUUGUGAAAAUGAAAGUUCCAGCUGUGGCAGAGCUGAUGGAAAGACACGGAGUCAUGUGGACCCUAGUGGUGUCACGCUGGUUUAUAUGCUUGUUCAUUGACAUUCUUCCAGUGGAGACUGUGCUCCGAAUAUGGGAUUGUUUAUUCUAUGAAGGGUCAAAGAUCAUCUUCCGCGUGGCCUUAACAUUAAUUAAGCAACACCAAGCUUUUAUUUUGGAAGCCACAAAUUUCCCCGACAUUUGUGAAAAAUUUAAGCAGAUCACCAAAGGAACAUUUGUAACAGAGUGUCACAGCUUCAUGCAGAAAAUAUUCACAGAGCCUGGAAGUUUGUCCAUGGCCACCAUCAACAAACUCCGAGAGACUUGCAGAGAGAAGGUGCUUUCUCAGGGAUAACUCUCCAGAUUUAACCAGGUGGUCAGAGACAACAGCAAUUGACACAUUCCUCUAUUUGCACUGACUAAAGCACACUUUAAGCUUUCCACGAGUUAACUGACCCUUGACCAAUUUUUCCUGCCUUUCAAGUAAGUGUUGUUAACACUUUGUACUGUAUGUCAGACUUGA